AUCCGUCCCUGAGGGAGAAAGACCAGAAGCCCGAGGGUCUGGCAGGGGAUUGCAUAUACCAGCGGCCCCCAAGACCCCUUAUCGCUCAGAACAUGAAGAAGCUACAGAGGGGACCAGUGGGGCAAAGGAAUCCCUCCCCAGAAGAGGCAUAUACCAGGGUGAAGUGCAAGAACUGUGGGGCCUUCGGGCACCUGGCCAGCAGCAGGAGGUGCCCCGUGAAGUGCUGGGCAUGGGACCUUGCCCCCCAGCCCUUGGGCUCCAGUAAGAAUGAAAACUUGGAACCCAAGAGGCCUCAGGACUUACAGAUCCCAGGGUCCUUCCACAGGACGGACAGCAGGAGGGAACCAAGACAGAGGUGCGGAAUCACAGGGUCAGAGCGAUUCGUGGGCAGUGGAGCCCCCCUUUCCCCCAAACAAGGGCAAGACGUCUCCUCAGGUCGCUCUCCAGACUUGCCAGAACCCUCCAAAGAAAGCAAGAUUCAGCCUCUUCUAAACCCCCAAGCUGAGUUCCCGGUGACCUGGUCUGGGGGCUGUCCGGGCUCUUCAGCUUCUCCCCAGUACACUUCUCUUGGAUCCAAACAGAUACCCCAAGUGACCGGGAAGACACCAGCCCAGAUGCCCAGCUUUGACCCCCAAGCCCCACCCAACUCACCUGGUCUGAGCCCUGUCCAGGCUUGUGCCGGCCCUAACCUCCACCACCCAGGCAUGUUCCAGGCCAGUGGGGGCAAGGAUGGGACAUGAGAUGGGGCACGGGAUGGCGGAGCUCCAGGUUUUCAACUGCUCCUGUCUCCCUCCAGAGAAGUCUACACCUGCUGGUCAGAGCCCUCACAUCUUAGAGGCGUCAGAAAGACAGGGUCCCAGGGUCCCAGUGAGAGGAUCUUCUCUUCCCCCACCGAGGAGAAUGCCUGAGGGUGGCCCCGUGGAGAGAAGACUGGGCAUCCAGUGUCCCUUCACUGGAAGUGGCUAAAAGACGGGAAAAGAGGCAGGAGCACCUCUUUUCUGUGUCCUGUGAGUCAGGCACCUGUGGAGGUGACACUGGGGGUCACCAGGCAGACACCGCCUUUAAAUUUUGUGCCUUUAAGUUGUAUUUAAAAUGGAGCUUAUGAAGUUGUCACUUGUUGUCCUUUGUAAAUCAGGUGUUUAAGAAACUGAGUCAACAUGGGGAAGCCGUGUUAUACCCUAAUAAUAGAAAGCUAUGAAAUUCGUCUGUGUGGGUGGGCAAACAACGAAAA